GAUGACGUACGAAUUCGCGUUCGAUUAUCCAAGAUGGCGCAUUCCUCGUCGAUUUGUCGCAGUUUGCCAGUUUGUUGUUGCCGGUAAUGACGGUAAUUCGCGCAUAGAUUGCGAGUUGGAAGUUUGGAACUUGGAAAUCGAGUAGCAGUCAAUAGCAGUGGUAAGUGUGGCACGCGACCCGGGAUGGGCUUCCAGGACGUUAUGUACACUGCAGUCACUAUGCCGUUUAAUGUUAUUCACAAAACGAGUGCGGGGGCUGCCUCGUAUGCUUGGGAUGCGGCCACGUCGGCGACAAGGUAUUUAGGCGGAAAGCAGAAAAUCGAAGUGAAAAUGGCAACGCCAGUACCUUUAUGGAAAUUAGCUGCUGCCAGCGGUCCGUAUGUGAGGCUUGCAGCUCUCAGCGGUGCAGCAGCUGUGAUUCUUGGCGCCCUUGGAUCCCACCGACAUUACCCUAAAGAUGAGAUAGGACAGGAACAACGUCGGAUUUUCGAAACAGCGAAUCGAUAUCAUUUUAUACACACUUUGGCCUUGCUGGGAUUACCGUUGUGCAAGUUCCCAGCAUUGGCUGCGACUUUCAUGCUCUCUGGAAUCGUACUGUUCUGUGGAAGUUGUUAUUAUACUGCAUUUACCAAUAACAGACGAUUCAGUUCAACAACACCUAUUGGGGGAUUUUGUUUUAUACUGGCGUGGUGCAGUAUGUUCUUGUAAAUAUCGCUGUAGAAAUAGGUGUUUUCAUACAAGGAAACAAAUAAGGCAUAAGCAACACAAUGCGCAGUAUAAAAAAAAAAUGAAAAUAAUACUUGGUAACAUUAAGAAAUGGAUGAUUAAAAUUUACAGAAAAAGAUUUAAAAAAAAAAAUAAAAAUAAAACAACUUUUUAACAUGAAUAUUAAUGGGUGUACUCGCAAUUAUGGAUUGAUUUUAUUUCCAGAAGAUAAUUGAGAUAAAAGUAAAUAAAAAUAUCAUUUUACGGUUAUUCGAGAAUGGGCUUUAAAUAUUUCCUUAGAAAAUAACAGUAUGUCUCUUGUUCAAUUCCCGAUGCUUGUGUCUCAUCCAAUGUGUUUAAGAGGUACAUUCCUUUGGCGAUUUAUACCUAUGCGUUUAUUGAAGGUUUUGAAGAAAAAAAAGAAAAUAAAAAAAGAUCUUCCGAUAUGAAUAAAGUAAAAUUCGUUUAUAUACUACUGAAUCGAUAUAAAUAUAUCUUUUGUUUAUAAUAUUAAUGACAUGGGUUUUUCGCGUAUCCUGAACGGUUACACAUUUUGCAAUAGUGCAUAUCCAAGUUUCCUGAUCUCCUUUGCCUGUAUUAAUUUCCUUGCGCUAUCAUUCGCGCGAUUCGUCCUCACACAAAGUGAAAAAUAUUUUUUAAAAAUUGCAAACGUGUUCACACGCUUAAUAAACGUAUAAUCGUGGUAAUGUAAGGUACAUUGACAUCAGCAGUACAGUAUAUCUCAAAAAAAGAAGAAAAAAUAUUUUAUAGUGAUAAUGACAACAUAAAUUACAACUUCCGCUAAUGAAGGUAUGUGAUUUUCAAAUCCGCGAGUUCUGGAGGAUAUAACAAAUUGAAGAAAGCGCCCGCUCGCGUGUGUGCGAUGUACAUAAAAUUUGAA